CUGUCGCCAUUCCACUCUCCCUGGGUCUCUGCAUCUGUUUUGCAGAGCUCCGUAAUCGAGCAAUGUUGGGACAGAGUGUUCGGAGGUUCACGACCUCCGUGGUCCGGAGGAGCCACUAUGAGGAGGGCCCGGGGAAGAAUUUGCCUUUUUCAGUGGAAAACAAGUGGCGGUUAUUAGCGAUGAUGACGGUGUACUUCGGAUCUGGAUUUGCAGCACCUUUCUUUAUAGUAAGACACCAGCUGCUUAAGAAAUAAGCACUUGCUGAGAAAUAGAUGAUGAAGAGGAGCAUAUGAAGUGCAAUCUUGCCCCUAAUGAAAAUUGAGCAGACCACUAAAUAUAUUUAUAAAUAAACUUAUGGCAUGAAAAAAAAAUAAAAAUAAAAAUAAAAAAAUAAAAA